AACGUAUUUUUUUGGACGGAUUCACAAAUUACGUUGCAUUGGAUUCAUACUCAUUCUUCAACAUUAUCAACAUUUGUUGGAAAUAGAAUAGCAGAAAUACAAGAAUUGACUAAUGGCUUUGAAUGGAGAUAUAUACCAUCAGAAUUAAACCCAGCAGAUCUAGUAUCUCGUGGAUGUUCUACGCGAGAUUUAGUUAAGUCCCAAUGGCUAAUGGGACCAUCGUUCCUCAACAGCUCAAAAAUUGAUUGGCCUUUGGAAUUUACUUCGUAUUCAUUGACUGAUGAAGAAGUCAAUUUAGAAAAAAAAAAACGGCAUUUAUAAUUGAAAAUAAAC